CGGCAAUACCGUUCAGCAAAGGCCUUCAACCGAGCAGCGGACCGGGCUCGAUCGGAACAGGAUGUGGAUUCCACCGAGAGAAUGUUCGAUGCCGUUCGCGCUGUGGGUGAACGAAACAACGAAAGUAACAUCACGCUAUUUCCUGCUGCAGCACCGCAAAGGCCAUGGCGGACUGCGAGGAUUCUCGUCCAUGCUGGUGGGAACGUUGGACAAUGUCCUGGACACGAAACCAUCACCUUACAGAAUUUUGCAUUACCAGCCCUCGACAGGCUUAUGCUAUGAAAUUGCUGCCGACAUCACACUGGAAGCGAUCAUGCUGGACUGGGAUUGGCUGGCAAAGAACCUGUUCCGCGUAAUCAACGAGAUGGAAACGGAGGAAGAAAUCACCAACUUUACCAUCUGCAAGAUUCAAUCGCUACUCGCCCACACCUCCCGGCCCACCGAGGAGCAGAACGAUCCGACCAGCUUUCAGGUGGCGGUAUGCAAGUUUCGCGAAAAAUUCCGCAUGCCGGAAGAUGAGAAGCUGGUCAACUAUUACUACUGCAGCUAUUUCCGCAAAAUUCCACGCCAAGGUCAACUGUACCUGUCGCUCAAUCACAUCUGUUUCUACUCGUACAUACUCGGUUCGGAAAGUAAGCUAUGCUUCCGGUACAACGAGCUGACCGAUAUAAAAAAGUCGGGCAAUACAAUAACGGUACGGGCGGGGCAGCAGGGUAGCAAGGAGUACACGUUUGUGUUUCUCUACUCGCCGAGCGAAGCGUACCAGCUGAUCGAACAGCUUAGCAAGCUAACGAUGCAAAAAAUGAUCCAAGAUCCGGACCGUCCGAUCGUCGAUCAUGAUCCGGUCAUUUUGAAAAAGAUGGAAAAGAACGUAGCGCAGAAAACGUUACUGCUGCGGGAUCUGACGGCACGCCAGCAGUCGGACGAGUAUCGGAUACACUUCCGGGUGCCCAAAACGGAGAUACUGGACGGGAUGAUAAAGGCGUCGCUGUGGGCACCGUACACGAAGAAGCACAUUAAUGGGGUGCUCUAUCUGUCGCAGAACUAUCUGUGCUUCAAGGGCGAUGUGUCCGGGAUGGUGUCGUUAGUCAUACCGUUAAGCAAGAUUGUUAGCGUUGAGAAGAACGACGAUCCACACAAUCGGCUUAGCAAUCGUAUUAUUAUAACGACAUCGGAUGGGAACAUCUUUGUGCUGAAGCACAUUUUGGAUCGAGAGUUUUUGAUUAAUAAAAUCUCGGAAUUGCUCUCCAAAACUGUCAUACCCGCGUCACGCACCCAUGACGAUAUCGACUGGAUAAAGCAAGAACCGCUGAUGUAUCUCUACAAGGAUCCCAACAACAGUGCGUUCGAUGAUUUACAAGCAGAAAAAAUGAAACGCUGGGAUGAGCACUUUUCGCUGUACGGACGUGGCAUCUCCAUGUACCGUACCACCGACACCAUAAAUCUCGUGAUCGAAGGCAUUCCGGACCAGUUGCGGCGCGAAGUGUGGCUCAACUUUUCCGGCGCCGUACACAUGAAAAUGAUGCAACCGAACCUGUACCAGCAGCUGGUGACGAAAGCGAAAGAUCAGGCCCCCGUUUCGUUCGAAGAGAUUGAGCGUGAUCUGCACCGAUCGUUGCCGGAACAUCCUGCGUUUCAGACGAGCAUCGGAAUUACGGCCCUGCGGCGGGUGUUGCAAGCGUACGCGCUACGGAAUCCCGAAAUUGGCUACUGCCAGGCGAUGAAUAUCGUUUCGUCCGUGUUUCUUAUCUACUGCGAUGAGGAGGACGCCUUUUGGAUUCUGUGCUGUCUGUGCGAAUCGUUGCUGCCGGACUAUUACAACGAUCGGGUGGUUGGGGCGCAGAUCGAUCAGGGUUUACUGGAUGAGCUGAUUGCGGGCCAUCUGCCGAACCUGCACGUGAAGCUGACCGAGCUCGGUAUGAUACGGAUGAUUUCGCUGUCCUGGUUUUUGACCAUCUUUCUCAGUGUGAUGCCAUACGAAAGUGCGCUGCACAUUAUCGACUGCUUUCUGUGUGAUGGGGCAAAGGUGAUCUUUAUCAUAGCUUUAAAAAUUCUCGAAUGGAAUCAGGAGAAGCUGCUGAACUGUAACGACGAUGGGGAAGCAAUGCAGCUGCUGUCCAACUUUCUGAUGGGCAUCUUCAACGAUGAGGUGCAACGGAUCAAGAUCGAGGAUAAGGAAAAGCAGCAAAUUAAGAGUCAAUCGGUACAGACGCUCAUCUACGAAGCAUAUCUUAAGUUCGGGAAGGCAAUUACAUCACAAAAAAUCGAAGAACUGCGCAACAAACAUCGCCGACUGACCGUGCAUCAGCUGGAGAAAGAUCUGGAAAAUAGUGUGAUAAAAAACUAUAAAGACAAUGGGUAUUUUGAUGCCGAUGAGCUGCGAAUGCUGCUGUGCUACACGAAGGAUGAGAAGAUUAGUUUAAAAAAUCGAUCACGGCCAACAUCGAUCAACGGAGGCGAACCCGUGUACGACGUUACGGUGCUAAACGAUGCGAAGAAACGGUUUCGCGACAGUCGGUACGAUUGCUUCCGGGUGGAUUACGAAACAUUUCGCAAACUGUUUGUCGAUCUUACACCGUGGGGUCAUUGUCAAAACAUAGAUAUCUCGGAAAAACUAUUUCGGCUGAUGGAUAAGCAAUCGUGCGGUUAUCUUGAAUUCAAGCAGCUCAUCUUUGCAAUCGGCAUCAUCUGCUCGAAGCGAGCGACGGAAAAGCUCAAGCUGCUGUACAUUCUCCAUCUUCCACCGCUACUAACGGCACAGGAGCUAGAAUCUAGCAGCGCCGGUGGUGAAUCUCGCGACUCGGACACGGAAGUGGCAACCGAGGCGGAAAGUUUCUUUAGCGAUAAUCCGCUCGAAACACUAAAAUCACUUCCCUCGCCGAUCGACAUCAGUCUGGAAGCGUCAUCGGAUGUGGAAAAUUUGUCCCUAUCACAGUUUAAUGCCACAACGCCCAACCUUUCGAUGGACGAUUCCCAUUCGCACAAUGCUGAAACGUCGUCAAUCUUUUACGUUGAGCUACCGGUAGCUAGUACGAGCGGUGGUGCGAUCGGUGGAACGACAAGCAACGCGUCCGGUGCAAAUCUGGGCGAAGCGGAAUCAUUCGGCUCACGGUCGGACAUAAGCGAUUUGGGCUUUCAGCGGUACAGCAGUCUGGAUGAGAGCGCGAGCCGUCGGAAUGAGGCACGUAGUAUCAGCGGGUUGCGCAUCUUCCUAGACGAGCCGGAUUCCAACUUUACGUACAAAACCAUUCCCAAUAUGCCACAGAAAAACUUUAUCUCGCUGUGGACGACACUGCUGGAGAUUUUGAACAAGGAGCGCAAAGUAGCUGAUCAGGAGGUGCAAACGUCCUAUAAAACACUAAUAUCGCUCGGAGAGGAUGCUAUUGUGAGCCGACGGGAUGACAGUAACGAUAGCUUCACGCAGCUUGCGAUGGAAGGUGCCGAAGUGUUCGAUCCAAACGGUAACCCAUCAUCCUCGAGCUCGGACCGUACACCGAGACACAGUUCGGCCAAUGCUGCUCCACCGGAAGCGGUCUGGGAGAUUUCACUCAACCAGUUCGUGGCGACCGCCAUGUCGGUCGGCAUUAUUGAGGAACAGUUUUCGCUACCCUUCUCGAUCAAAUCGCGCGUCGAAACGUUGCAGAAAAAUCGGCGAAAGUGCAAAAGCUAGAUG